AUGAAGCAACAAUUUGUUCUACUAUUGCUUACCGUCGCCAUUAUCGGUAACGGGUCGGCCGCUAAGUUCCCUGCUUCCUUCUCGCGGUGCAAACAGGAAGAUGGAAACUGUUUGCUGGAAGCCAUAACCGCCACCUUCCAGAACUUCCACAAGGGUGUACCGGAAAUCGGGCUGGUACCGUUGGACCCGUUGCGCAUCGACAAAAUGGACAUCGUGCAAGGCGAUGGACCGAUCAACAUUGUGCUGAACUUUAAGAAGGUGGAUCUGCUUGGAUUCCAGCAUGCACAAAUUAAGAAAGCCAGUGGAUUUACUUCCAACCCUACCAAGAUGGACCUGAACCUGGUCGUCCCGGUUGCAUCGCUCAUCGGAGGAUAUAGAAUCAAUGGUAAAGUGUUGAUCCUUCCUAUCCAGGGCGAAGGUUCGAGCAAUAUGACGAUGGUCAACUGUGAUAUCUCGCUCAAGUGGACCGGCAAGCUGGUGGACAAGAAUGGUAAACAAUUUUACCAGGUCGACAAAUUUAAGGUGCACUUCGACACGAGCCGUUUCUACAUGGAUUUCUCCAAUCUGUUUAAUGGCGAUAAGGCGCUUGGUGAUAACAUGAACGUAUUCCUUAACGACAACUGGCAGGAUAUCUUGAAGGAAUUGAAACCCGCCAUAUCGGCAGCUUUUACGAAGAUAUUCGAAGCUGUCGUAACGAACGUUUUCAACCGAGUACCGUACAAUGAGCUUUAUCUAGCUUACUGUUGGGUGUCGGGACUCGUCAUGAAUAGUUUGGUGAUUUUUGUAGUACUGUCAGGAUUGGUGGCGUUAAGCAGUGGUAUAAAAUUGCCUUCUACCUAUACACGCUGUAAAGCGGACGACGAACCAUGCAUCAUACAAGCCAUAUCGGACACAUUCCACAAGUUCCAGGGUGGCGUACCUGGACUAGGGCUUGCUUCGCUCGAUCCGUUGCGCAUCGACGAGAUGGACAUUGUCCAGGGUACGGGCCCUGUUAAUAUUGUGCUAAACUUCAAGAACGUGGACAUUACCGGAUUUAAGGAUGUCAUCGUAAAAAAGGCUAAAGGCUUCACUGCGAACCCUAACGUGAUGGAAAUGAAUUUACUGCUGCCAGUCGCAUCACUUGUAGGCAGCUAUAAAAUCAAAGGAAAGGUGCUUAUUCUACCCAUCCAGGGCGAAGGCAUCAGUAACAUGACGAUGGUAAACUGUGACUUCCUGAUGAAGUGGAACGGUGGACUGGAGAAGCGAGAAAAUGGAAAGGAGUACUACCAGAUGAACAAAAUUAAGGCAACGUUCGAUACGACCCGGUUCUACAUGCAUCUGACGAAUUUGUUUAACGGCGAUAAGGCACUGGGCGACAAUAUGAACCAGUUCCUGAACGACAACUGGGAGGACAUCCUUAAGGAGCUGAAGCCCGCCAUCAUUGGUGCGUUUACGAGAAUAUUCCGCGCUCUUAUAACGAACGUGUUUGAAAACGUUCCCUAUGAGGAGCUAUUUUUACCAAAUGCUUAACUACGAUUAAGGAUAAUGAUUAAUAAAUGUA